UUAGCAAACCACCGGCAUUUUUCAACGCCUCCGAUUCGUUAUUUUUCUUUAAUUAUUUUUUAUUAAUCAUCGCCUUGUUUUUUUUUUUUCCUUUUGGUCUUUCAAACAUUUUUUUUCCCCUUCUUGUUAAUCUCUGAAGCUUAUUAUUCAACUUGGUCUCCUCACCGUCCGAUGCUUUGACUUUUUUUUACCGAUCAACUUAAUUUGACCCCAACGUUCCGGCAACGAUGGGUCAUUGUUACAGCCGGAACAUUUCCACCGUCGAAGAUGACGACGGCGACAUGCCCGCCGGAACCGCCCAGUUUCCGAAUCGGGCUAAUAACAACAACCACCAGACUUCAAUUCCCAAUUCUCCGGCUGCGUCUAGUGCUUCCGAAGUCAACCCUUACACAAUCAGUCCAUUUCAGAGCCCGUUGCCGGCGGGAGUAGCUCCGUCUCCGGCGAGAACUCCGGGUAGGAAGUUUAAAUGGCCUUUCCCGCCUCCUUCGCCUGCGAAACCGAUUAUGGCGGCUCUGAGACGGCGACGAGGCACGGCACCGCAGCCUCGAGAUGGUCCGAUCCCUGAGGAUAUUGAGGAAGUCGAUCACGGCAGAGCCGGCGGAAGCGGAGGCGGAAUCGGGGAUAGGCUAGAUAAGAACUUCGGAUUCGCGAAGAACUUCGAAGGCAAGUACGAGCUCGGGAAGGAGGUGGGUCGAGGGCAUUUUGGUCAUACUUGUUGGGCCAAAUCGAAGAAAGGGAAGAUCAAAGGGCAAACCGUAGCAGUCAAAAUCAUCGCUAAAGCUAAGAUGACAUCAGCUCUAUCUAUAGAAGAUGUUCGUCGAGAGGUGAAAUUGCUGAAAGCUUUGUCUGGGCAUAGGCAUAUGGUUAAAUUCUACGAUGUAUUCGAGGACGCCGAUAAUGUCUUUGUUGUUAUGGAGUUAUGUGAAGGUGGAGAGCUAUUGGACAGAAUUUUGGCGAGAGGUGGUCGAUACCCUGAAGCAGAUGCUAAGCGUAUUCUUGUGCAGAUUCUAUCUGCAACUGCUUUUUUCCAUCUUCAAGGUGUUGUGCACCGAGAUCUCAAGCCGGAGAAUUUUCUCUUUACCAGCAAAAACGAGGAUGCAAUACUCAAGGUCAUAGAUUUUGGUUUGUCUGAUUUCGCUAGAUUCGAUCAGCGUCUAAACGAUGUGGUAGGAAGUGCAUACUAUGUUGCACCUGAAGUACUCCACAGAUCUUACAGCACAGAAGCAGAUAUAUGGAGCAUUGGUGUCAUAUCUUACAUAUUACUCUGUGGAAGUAGACCUUUCUACGGACGAACCGAGUCUGCGAUUUUCCGUUGUGUGCUUAGAGCGAACCCUAAUUUCGAAGAUUUGCCAUGGCCUUCCAUAUCCCCUAUUGCCAAGGACUUUGUGAAAAGGCUUUUGAACAAAGACCAUAGGAAAAGAAUGACAGCUGCUCAAGCUUUAGCUCAUCCAUGGUUACGAGAUGAAAAUCCUGGUUUGCUUUUGGAUUUCUCCAUCUACAAAUUGGUGAAGUCUUAUAUUCGUGCUUCGCCUUUCAGACGAGCAGCACUUAAGUCUCUAUCCAAAGCUAUACCCGAAGAGGAACUUGUGUUCCUUAAAGCACAGUUUAUGCUCUUGGAACCAGAAGAUGGAGGCCUGUAUCUUCACAAUUUCACAACGGCUUUGACAAGAUAUGCUACAGAUGCUAUGAUCGAAUCUAGGCUUCCUGAUAUUUUAAACUUUAUGCAACCUUUAGCACAUAAGAAACUUGAUUUUGAAGAGUUCUGUGCGGCUGCAGUCAGCGUUUAUCAACUAGAGGCUCUUGAAGAAUGGGAACAGAUCGCAACAAUAGCAUUUGACGACUUUGAACGUGAAGGAAGCCGUGCCAUUUCUGUCCAAGAACUCGCUGAGGAGAUGAGUUUGGGACCCAAUGCUUAUCCUCUGCUCAAGGAUUGGAUCCGGAGUUUGGAUGGGAAGCUAAAUUUCUUGGGCUAUGCCAAGUUCUUGCAUGGUGUGACUGUUCGAAGCUCGAGCUCUAGACCUACUAGGUGACUUCUAACUUUGCAAAAAUCAACCUAAUCAUUUAAACAUGAAGUUAUUAUACUGUCGAUUCAAGACAGAAACGUGAGCAGCAAGAAAAAAAGGUACCUCUUUUGUAUUAAGCAUUUUAUUUACAGAGGAACCAUUUUAAACCAAACAAACAAACGAAAGAGGAAACUAUUUUUUUGUAUUUCUUUUUUUCUAUAUAAUUUCCGGUUUGUAUAGAAGGAAUUGGAUGGGUUGUUGUGGCUCGGUUGUGGUUUUGUGCAAUUAGAUACAAUUUAACUUUUA